GGGACGGCUGAACAGACUUCCCGCUGCUGGUGUCGGUGACAUGGUGAUGGCCACAGUCAAGAAAGGCAAACCAGAGCUCAGAAAAAAGGUACAUCCAGCAGUGGUCAUUCGACAGCGAAAGUCAUACCGGAGAAAAGAUGGCGUGUUUCUUUAUUUUGAAGAUAAUGCAGGGGUCAUAGUGAACAAUAAAGGCGAGAUGAAAGGUUCUGCCAUUACAGGACCAGUAGCAAAGGAGUGUGCAGACCUGUGGCCCCGGAUUGCAUCCAAUGCUGGCAGCAUUGCAUGAUUCUCCAGUAUAUUUGUAAAAAAUAAAAAACUUUAAAACCAUUAAAAAGUAUUUGUUUGCAG